UGAACGAAUUCCUAUGCCCCACAAAUAACCCAGAGAUGCAUUUUAAAUAAAAGGACACAUUCUACUCAUGUAAAAACAUGCUGAUUCCCGGACCGUCCGCGGGCCGGAUUUAGAAGGCAAUUGGGCCGCAUCCAGCCCCGGGCCUUAGUUUGGGGACCCUGUGUUAGAUGCACCCAGGAAAUAAAUAUUAUGUAAAGAAUGAAACACAAAAACAUGAAUGAGGAAGCAGCAGUUAAAAGUGCACCAUUUUUAUAGCACAAUGACCUACCACAAUUGAUUAAUGAAAAUGGCAGUUCUGGAACAUUUACCAAGUUGUUCAGCACUUCAUAAUCGGCCAGUAUUGUUCAGCUGUUGGUCUAAGCUGAAGGCUGGGUUUUUUUGGGUGCAUAUCAAAGGAGCCAAUUUAAACAACUCAGUGCUUGCCAGCCGUUUCUUGCUCUAUUGAAAGCUAAACCGCUUCAGCAGUAAGAUAAGUACAGUACUAGAAUGUAUGUGUGCUAGACUUUUGGUGUGUGGUUUUUGGAGGGGGUGUGUGUUUACUGUUGCAGGAGAGCUUUGAAAAGCACAAUAGGUCUCCCAUAAGGUCUGCAUGGUAGGACGACCUAAAAACUAUUGGUUGUUACUGUCACUCAUAAGACAGCCCACUUCACAAGAAUGGUUAGAUGUCCCUACUCACUAGUCAUAUUCUCUGGGUAAUCCUAUGCAUAUUUAUUUGGAAGCAAGCCCCACAGUUGCAAUGUGACUCACAAAUAAGUGUACAUAGGAUUAAAGCCUGAGUUUCUUGCUGGUGGCCAAAAAAGAAGAAUGGACAGGAAAUUGAGCCAGAGACCUCUUUCCCUAGCCGAAACCGAAUUGUUGCUUCAGAAUUCCUAUAUCGUAUGGACUACAAGAAAAUUGGAAAAUGUGUUAUUAUAAACAACAAGAACUUCAAAGAAAGUACACAAAUGGGUAUACGAAAUGGCACUGACAAAGAUGCUGGUGACCUGCUAAAAUGUUUUCGAAGCAUUGGAUUUGAUGUUUCCAUCCAUAAUGAUCUCACCUGUGAAGCUAUGGAGAAUAAACUCAAGGAAGUUGCCCUUGAAAGCCACAGUGAUGCUGCUUGUUUCGCCUGCAUAUUAUUAAGCCAUGGAGACGAGGGGUUUAUCUAUGGCACAGAUGGAGCUAUGGCAAUAAAGGACUUGACAAGUCUUUUCAGAGGAGACAAGUGCCCAAGCCUCAUUGGAAAACCUAAAUUGUUUUUCAUUCAGGCCUGUCGAGGUUCUGAAUUUGAUGAAGGGAUUCAGACAGAUGCAGGUUCUCCAAAUAACGAUCUGGAAAUGGAUGCCAAUCCAGGAUGCAAGAUUCCUGUAGAAGCAGAUUUUUUGUAUGCAUAUUCCACUGUGCCAGGUUAUUAUUCUUGGCGGAAUCCCGGGAAUGGCUCCUGGUUUGUGCAAUCUCUUUGUGAAGUUCUGAAUGAGUAUGCCAGAGAGCUGGAGAUCUUGCAGAUGCUCACCAUGGUGAACUACAAAGUAGCAAGAAACUAUGAAUCGCAGUGUGAUGACCCACGCUUCAAUGGGAAGAAGCAGAUUCCUUGUGUGGUCUCCAUGCUAACCAAAGAAGUUUACUUCUGAAAUCUCAUUUGUUUUGGGGCGUAUAUCAUCUGCUCAUCUUCCAAAGAAAGAUUGAAAUGUACAAUGGGGAUCUUUUAACCAAAACAUUUCAAAUCAAACCAAUCUGGAUCCAGAGCUUCAUCAAGAUAAUGUUUGAAAUAUGCAAAAUGACGAUUACCUCAGUUGAUAGUUAAAAUCCUUUUCAACACGCCGCCUUGACUGUUUAUGUGUAUAAUGGUAGAUAAUUCUGGUCUUUUGUUGUUUCUGGCCACACUAGAAAAAGAAAUACCUCUAAUACCGCUCUUGUUUGACCACAUCUGGAGUCGUGUGUGGGUUUUUUCUCAUGAAAGUUCCUCAUAAUUCCCCAGUUUUUACUACUUACAAUGUGUUGGCACUGUGCUGUUGCACUGAAACAUUUUUCUUAUUUUCUCAAGUAUAAAAGGAAGGAAUCCCACAGGAAUAUGACCAAGAUAUACUGGAGUUUUCUGUGAUAAAAUGGGGGACUUGAUAUCAUUGGUGUUUUACAUAUCAGAGGAUAUAUCCAUUCAUAGGUCUUGCUUGGUCUGAGUGUGGGUUUGAAAUCAUAAGCCAUUUACUUUUCAAAAUCACUCUGUUUAAGUCUGUUUCUAUUUUCCUUACUUCUCCCUACAUCCUUAUAAAGCCUAGGAAAUACUUGAAACACUUUUUUUUUCAUCCAAUAUGGAAAUACCACUCCAGUUUUAUCAUGAGAACAGUGAACAGUUAAGUGCAGCUUAUGACAUUUUCAGCAUAAUAACAAUUUGAUAGCAAAUAUGUGCUGUGUAGUAUAUAGCUUUCAAACAGAAAUAACAGUGGUGCCUGUACGUUGUCAGUUAGAUCAAAGCACAAUUAUUCCACAAAGCAAUAAGUAAAACUAUAGCAAACUAAGUAAAUUGUGAGUUUCUACUUCCUUGUAAUGACUAACUGCUGCUGAGAGGCCACACAGUUCUUUACUUCAAAUGCCUUAAGACUGAUUGUGUUACCCUUUCUACAUGAUUAGACAUUGCAGAUUUAGUGCCUAUAUAUUCACUUGAAGACAAAAAAACAAAAAAAACCAUCAUUCUUGAUCUUACACCAUAAAUUCACAUUUUUCUGCAUGUCUCUUUAUAGUGCCAAUUCCUUGUUUCUAGAUUUGUUUCCUUGUUUCUAGGUUUACAAACAGUGUUGUACAAUUGUUGAAUUUCUGGUUAUUAUAACAAAUCCACAGUAUACCCAACACGAUGGAUGUAUUUGCCAACUUUCAUUUCAUUGCCAUAAAGGCUCUCUUUCUUGGCGUGUUCGGUGCUGUGGCUAUUUGAAGUAAGUUUGAGCUAUGAAUUCUAGCUACUCAUGGAAACUUGAUUUUGUGUCUGUCAAGUCACCAGUACAAAGGCAAUGUUUAUGUAGUUUUCAAGCUUUAAAACAAGAUAGGAAAAAGUGAUGGAGUCUGCUGAAUUUUAUCUGGGGAUAGACCACAUCUUACACAACAUCAAGUAGGAAAUCUUUCCAUCACUGCAAGAGGAGAUCUCCACAGAAUGCCAGUGACUUAAGAAAUCCAGUGCGCACUGGAUUCCACAGUGAGACAAAUUGCUUUUCUGGCAUGAUGCAAAAAUAUAGCAGUAGGAUCUCAUGUAGUGACAACUGCAGAACUAGGCCUCACCAUGAAGUGGGAAAUAUGUGGUCCUUUGAAUUUAUCCUGGCAAAGACCGGUAUGUUUCUUGAGCAAGAGAGUAAACUAAAUUUCAACACUGGAGCAUCAAUGAGAGUUUUGCCUUACAAAUAGUUGUGAAAUAAUCUCAGUUAAUCAUAACAUUUUUUGCACUUAAAGAAUUAAUGAAUUCUUUUGACUUUGCAUGUUCUGUCCAAUUAUAUUCAGACUUAAUGAGAUAAUAGUAAAAACUAUAAACUAGUAGUUCAAGAUACUGAAGUUAAUCAGCUGUUUACAUGUUGAAGUGAAUAAACUUUACAUAUGAUGGAAAUGCAUAACUCCUUUGUUCUUCAGGGAAUCGUCAAGGGAAAUCUCAAUUAAGAGAUCAAUAUAUAUUUGAUGCAAAUAUAGCCAAUCUAUAAAUGUUUUAAUUGUUAUCAUAAAGCAGCAUGGGAUAAUCUUUUUCACCUCAGAAACAUUAGCUAAUUCUACAAAGAAAUAAAAACAAAGAUAAUUUUCUAACCUGCUUGUUUCAUUUUUCUCUUUGUGGGAGGAUUGAAUGUAUAUUCUGAGCUCUCAUCCACAGAAAUGAUAGGUAGUCUUCUGCAAUCAGCCAAAGUUUUUUCUGUUAGAAAAUCUGGUUCUGUAUGUUUUCUUUUAAACCGGUUUGCUUCCAGGUUUGUUAGUUGUUCUUAACAGUGCUUGUAAGAAAUAUUGUGAACUGGGAGCCCUGCCUAGUUCAGCUUCCUGUGCCUCACUAGUCAAAUGGUUUUUAUAAGUCCACAAGGAAAAUAUUAAGGCAACAGCCCGUAUUCAUUGCCUCUUGAACCUGUUUUGCUAAUAGCCACCACCUUAAAUGUGGUUGCCAUUAUUUACUUCACCAUCUGAUCCUAGGGCUGCUUUGAACAAUAUAAUGUAAGUUUAUAAAAACAAAAACAGUUGCAAUUAUAAAAAACAUCCAUUCUAAACAGCAAUAUGGAUUGCGCAAAAGGGGGGGGUCCUGCAAAACAAACACAUUAACUGUCAAUUUUGAGAGAGCCCUCUCCCUUGCCACCAUUCUCUACACUUCCAAGGAUAGAAUUACCAAGAGAGCUCCCUCUGCUGACCUUAACAGCCAGAUGUUUCUGUAGAGAAGGAUGUGGCAGGAACUGAAGGAGAAGCUAAUGGCUCAACAGCCUUCUUCUGAUCAAUCAUCGGUGACAGUGGGCCUUAAGUGGUUAAAUUUCCCUCACCCCCCUCCCUCUCCACAAGAUCAACUGCUGUGUAAUCGUAACCUGCACCAGCUUCCCUCUUACCCUGCUCCUUCUCAGGGGAAAACCCAAAUUGCCAUUUGCUCUGAUGGAGCACUGAAGAGCAGUUUUUUCCAGAGGAAAGCAGUGGGACAAGAAGUGUCGAUAAACACUCACUGGAUUAUCCAGUGAACAUUUGCAGAGCAGGUCAAAGAACUUCCCUCUUCUCUUUCAGCGUGGGUUUAUGGGAGAAGAUUAGCACACAUUUAAGAUUCUGGUGGUCAUUCCCAAAAAAACUGGUUGGAAAUUCCUAAAUCUUGAUCCCUUUGGAAUGCCCAGAUUAAAGCAAGUUGUGACUUUUUGCUGCUUGUGUGAAAGUCUCAAAAAUUACAGUGCUAUCCAAACCAUUUCUACUCAGAAGUUAGUCAUAUUGAAUUUAAUAGGGUUAUUUUCAGGUAAGGGGGGGGGGCUAGAAUUGCAGGCUCUGUGUUGAUCUUUAAAUAUGCUGCUUGGCAGGGAAUAUAGAUCACAUUGAUUCCUUUUGUUGCCAUGAUCAUUCAAAAUAAAGCACAAUUCUUUUACUACAGUAUUUCCCCCUAUUUCUCUGAUGAAACAGGGGACCGUAAUAUAUAUAAACAAUAUUUGGUGGGGGGACGGGGGACAUGUUGUUUGUAAGGAGAAAUAACCAAAACGAUUCUCUUUCCAGGAUGUGUUUUGUGACUUGAGUUAAAUGUAAGCUUAUUGCUCUCUCUCUUUCUCAGGUGUUGUCAAAGUCACCUUAGCAUGCUACCCACUUCUGGUUUUCCCCCAUUUGAAACUUCUUUCAGCUCGACAGGAGGUUGUACAUUUGUCCUGAGGAAAAAGCUUGGGUAUUUCCUUAUGACUCAUAGUACAGCCUAUGUUUUGCAGACUGGUAUAAGGAGGCAGUUGCUACUUGCUCAGCGUUAAACUAAGAGCAACGGAGCGCUCGGGAAAUAUAACUUGUAGUGAUUGGACAUUGUGGAUCUUCAGUUGGCAAACACCCAAGUGCCUGUAAGUACCCCUACAGAUGUUCAUGCUCGUUUAGAUUAAAAGUUAGCAGUAUCAUCUAAUUUCAACCUCCUCCUGUUUCACACAUACACACACCUUUCUUAAGUGGCUUGUUUUGAUUUUGUUUUUAAAAGGCUGAGCUGUACUCCUAUUUUAAAUUCUGAAAACAAAGCCUCCUAGGGUAAGAGUUGUGCAAUGUAAAAGCUCUUUCUUCCACUAAAUCCAAUUUGUGGGUGAAGAUGUGCUGUGAUUUAAAGAGUGACCACCCUUCUCUUCUAAUCAUAUAUUGACAUUUUGCGGUCACCAUUCUCUGUUGUAAGUUCAUAAGUCUCUCUGUAUAUCAUGGCAUUCCUUCACAUUUAUAUUUCCUUGCCUUGAUCUUAAUAUAUUUUUACUUGUGGUAUGUAGCACUGGUUUGUUCUUAAUUCUGACGAGUUUACCAAGACCAAAUGCCUGUUUGCUCAGACCCAAGUGGUAACAUAGAAUAAUUUUAUACUGUCUUUAGCUUUAAAAAAUAUUUGUUUAGAGAUCUUUUAAUUCAGGUAAGUCAUUGAUGCCACAAACAACAUGUAGUGCAAUCUUUUGCAAGACCAUUCAGAAAUAAAUCCUAUUAAGUUCACCGAGCUUAGUGUACAUAGGAUUGUAGCAUUAACCAUCAUUUGUUCUGUGCCUUCUCUAUGAAUGCAGAAUUGCAAGGGCUCAUCACACUCAAAGAGGGGGGUCUUUAAAAAAUAAAAUGAAACCCCCAAAUGCUACCCAUUAGGUCAAUUUGACGGGAAUACAACUGAGGGGUAAUAUAAGUAAAUAGCAGCAAGCAUAGGUCAAUAGGAGAAAUAGGACAUUAACUGAGGUAAUGUGAUUAGUCAAUAGUAGAAAUAGGAUAUUAACAAAAAGAGCAAUAUAUUACCAAUGUUUGGAGUCGUUAAGCUUGAUGGCAAGUAAAAUUGAAUGCAUAUUGAUUGAAUCUUAUGGGAAGCAUUCCUGAGACCAAGUUCUUUAGAAAGCACCUGAAUCAACUCAAGUUUGUUCCGAAUACAGCAGGAAGUGAGAGGCAGAGUGUGAGUUUGCAUGGAAGUGAGAAUGUCCUCAAACUUGCUUUCCAAAAAGUAAAAUAACUUACUAAGGCUAAUGAUCUGUCCUCAAAUAAAAUUGUUCCAGAAUAUAUUUGCUGUUUUCAGAAUUGUUUUUGUCAAACUGAGCAGAAGAGGAGAUAGGGAAAAGAAGACAGAGCAGUGGAAUGCCGGGUUUAAGCUUAUUGCUCAGCUAUAGUGUUUUCUUCU